AUGCAGCGAGCCGCGCGAAGCGUUUGGGGUAUCCGUAUCCCUGGUGUUCGCAAGGGCUUAUUUCCGUCUCUACCCCUCAGUUCUUGCUGUCACCGAAUUCCCCUAUCGUCAACUCUGAGAACAACCUUUGCGCCGCAUCGAACCGUCAUGUCGUCUUCACAGUGGACAUGCACGCCGAGAGUAUUUCCCAACUCGGGAUUCGAGCUGCUUGCCCAGUCCAUUGAGCUGGACGAGGAGGCCCUGCCCACAUACCAGCCCGAGAAAUACUACCCAGCCAAUCAGGGCGAGAUUCUCAAUGGCCGGCUAUCAAGCCCUUGCCAAGAUAGGGUACGGAGGAACCUCAACCGUGUGGCUUGCGAAAGACUUGAUGUAGGUGCGGGUAACGUGCUUCCAGCUAUCCAGAUCAUCGUGAUUCGAAUAAUAUGGUACAAACCAACAAACAGCGCAUCAACAGAUGUUGUUUGGAAACUUUACGUGACGGGUCAAAACAGGGACCACAAACGAGAACUAGACAUCUACAAGCAUAUGAACUUGCAGGAAGCAAAAACCUCCUGGCAGAAACUUCAUUCGCAAACUGCUCGACCAUUUUUAUAUUCAGGGCCCGCACGGGAACCCUUCCGCCGAUCCGGAUGUCAUUAUUCUGGUAUCCCGUUGGGCACAUUGCUUGAAAUUACGCGGAAUCGAGAUGCCAUGACGCCUAGCCUAUACCUGGCUAGCUUCGUUGAAAAUUACAGCAAAUCCAGUGGGGCUGGCGCACUCAACAAGUUAGCACUAUCCAUCGGCGUCGCCGUUCAUCGGUCCCCCUCACGUAACCUUCCCCUCACCCAUCUUCCUCCUCCUCCUCGUGUCAUCUCCAUCCACACCCGCAGGUCCACAGCAAUAACUCUUGCGAAACAAGCACUGUCCAUGGUAAACGUAUGA